UUUGGAGUUUAACGAAAGUGAAACAGCUGGGAAACGAAAUCCUUUAAUAGAUCAAUAUUUUUGUAAUUUACAUUUCUGGUGAAAUACUUCAUAAGAUAAAUGAUUUGUUGUUUGAAAAUAGAGCUUUGAAAGAACUCAAUAUUUUAAAGAAGUAGUAAUAAAAUGCCAGUAGACCAAAUACAAUACUCAGAAAGGUACAACGACGACAUUUAUGAAUACAGACAUGUAAUCCUCCCACCUGACAUUGCCCGGCUAGUCCCAAAGUCCCAUCUAAUGACAGAGACAGAAUGGCGUAACCUCGGAGUCCAACAGAGCCCUGGCUGGCUACACUUCAUGGUGCAUAAUCCCGAACCCCAUGUCCUAUUGUUCCGAAGACCUAGACCUGAUGUACCUGUAGAUGCGUUAGAAUAUGGAAAUACUACCUCAGUUAAAGUAUUAGUUAAAGGAUUGUGUAACUAAGCUGAUUGCAUCAUGAGACCACCGUCUAUACUCACAUACUGUACGAUUUUCUUAUUAAAAAAUGUAUGAAUAUUGUAUAAUGCAUCUGAACUAGAAGAAAAACUUAUAUGUCAACUGUCACUUGAAAAAUGUGGAUUGCACAGAAAAUACUUUGCAUAAUAAUUUAAUUAUUAAUGAAUUUCUACAUUAUAUAGAGAUCUGUGAGAUCUAUAGAGUGCUCUCUGAUUUUGCUCAGACUUAAGACAGAGCUACAGCAAGACAGAUUUAUAUCUAGAUAAAAAGCCUAAGUUUUACAAAAUCCUUUGAAAAUAUAAUCAUUAUCAUUAUCAACUAAGACAUCCACUGCUGUAUAUAGGUCUCUUGCAUAAGAGUAAUAUUAUCUUGAAAAUGUGAUAUAUAUUUCUAGAUAAGAGGUCAAAAACGUGGAAGUUUGGAUGCAUUAUAAUGUUUGCAUUUAAAAAAAGUGUGUAUAGGGAUGGUCAGUCUCCUCCUAAUAUGCAAUCAGCUCUAUAAAUAAUAUGAAAACAGGUUAUGAAAAAACAAAUAUGGCCAAAUCACCUCCACAGCUAGGGUAAAUCACCCUAUUUACGUCGUGUCGCUGUUAAACUUGGCGAUUUUAAAACCAGACUUUAUCUCAAUCUAUUUAUACAGGAAUACUGCAGGACAUUGUAAAACCAAAAAACUGCUACUUUAUUUAUUAAAAUUUUAAUUUUUUAAACACUAGUUGUUUUAUCCACAUGGAUUUUAUUGCUAGCUAAUGUAGUAAUUAUAUUUAUUUACUAUUUGUAUGUAAAGACUAAAAUACACACUGUCAUGAGUGUGCAAAUAUUGUGCCUAUAUAUUUAACUUGUAUGUACUUCUAAGUAUGCAUUUAUAAAUAGUUAAGUCAUAAAAAAGGCAGGCACAUUUUGUAGACUUCUAAUCGAUUGUCUGGAUUGCUUUGGCUUGUUUUCUGUCAUAACAGAACGAAAUUUGCAAAAUAAAGUCUUCAGGUGACAAAAACUCUAGAUGACGGUGGAAAGCGUGAGAAGCGUUGGUUGACUGACGAAUCAAAAGUGUGCUGCCCCAAAUAAAUAGGCCCCAACCACCUAGUUCAAAGUAAGAGUUUUUCUUACCUGGGUGUUUUAUUUGAGCAAUUAUCCCUUUACUAAUA